CUCGGACUCCGUCAGUCUCUUGUCGUUGCUGAGCCGAACAGGGAGCAUCAUGUCUGGUCGCGGUAAAGGAGGAAAAGGUCUCGGGAAAGGAGGCGCCAAGCGCCACCGCAAAGUUCUCCGGGACAACAUCCAGGGCAUCACCAAGCCCGCCAUCCGCCGCCUGGCCCGCCGCGGCGGAGUCAAGCGCAUCUCCGGCCUCAUCUACGAGGAGACCCGCGGGGUGCUCAAGGUCUUCCUGGAGAACGUCAUCCGGGACGCCGUCACCUACACCGAGCACGCCAAGAGAAAGACGGUCACCGCCAUGGAUGUGGUCUACGCUCUCAAGAGGCAGGGCCGCACCCUCUACGGCUUCGGAGGCUGAAGCCCACCGACACAAACACCCACAACACAAAGGCUCUUUUCAGAGCCACACACCCGCCACCAAGAGCUCACCUCCUUUCACUCACUCACCUUUCUUAUUUAAGCAUCAAUACACCCACUUAGUCAUUCCGAACUCAUCCAAUUUACCCUCUGGCAUCAAACGACUGCGCUCUAAUAAAAUCAAAGUCAGUUUUAUUGUCAAGAAUGAACAGGGCAUACAGAGGAUCGAAAUUGCGUUUCUCUCAGACCCUCGGUGCAAACAAACAUUUAAGACAAACUCU